ACAACAUUUACACAAUAUUUACCGAGUGAAAUAAAUAACGGCCAAUAGGAAAUGUUCAUUUAACGUCCAAGGACAUCAUUAGACUUAACAUGAUAAUGAUUGGCACAUUAUUCCUCAGCAUCCAUAACAUUUUGGAUGCAAAGAUUUGGUUUGUGAACAUGUAUUCCAAUGGCUGCAGAAAUGUGCUAAAGACGACCUGGUAAACCAUACGGCGAAUUUGAUGGAAUAUGAUGGAUAACCUUAAAAACUUUAUUCACUUCGACUUGAUGACCUGUGUCCACCAAACAGAUGAUGUUCUGUUAUGCGAUGACGGGUUUGUCGAGCUUUACGCUCUAUAUAACUGGUUCCGCAGGAGCAGUUGAAUCGUAACCACAACACAAAGAAGGUACGGGCCUGUCCAAGUUAACUUUCAAAAAAUCAAUCGUUUGGUUGAACCAUCUUCUCUUCUACUUAUAAGUAUAUCUAUGGGUGGUAUAUAUAUAUGUACACAAUAUGUCAUCCAAUAGUUUAAAUGAACUCAUUCAUAAUCUGCUCAUAUUCAUCUUAGAAUAUAAUUGGAUAUAUAAUUUUCAAUGGAUUGGUGAUUUAUGUAAGAUUAAUAAAGAUUCUUCUAAUUUAUGUAUAUCAUCUAUUAUUGAAAGUUUACCAACAUCUUGGAAAAAUGUAUUAAAGAGUGCAAGUCUUCAAGAAUUACAAAUGUUUGUUUUGGGUACUUCAAAUUUAUCCCAUUGGCCUAAUAGUCUUAUAAAUUUAUCUAAUCAAUGUCGUCAAUUCACAAGAUUAUUAUUUCAAUAUAUGAUAUUCAAAUCAAAUAAACAAUUUCCUUGUUGUUAUUUCAAUUCUAAUAGUAUAUGUACAGAUUUAAUAACAUGUAUACAAAUGAAUAAUAUAGAAAAGAAUUAUCUAUUAAAAUUAUCCAAAAAGAAAUCAUAUGAACUUAAACAAAUAUCAAUACUUAUUCAAACAAUCUUAUUAUCAGUUGUGAAUAGUACUACUACGACGACGACUACUACUGCGACGACAACGACGACGACUACUGCGACGACAACGACGACGACUACUGCGACGACAACGACGACGACGACUACUACUACGACGACGACAACAACGACGACGACAACAACGACGACUACCACUAAUAGUAAUAAUAAUAACAAUGAAGUUGUUAGUUCUUCACAAGAUAUAUUCCACUUUAAUGAAUUUCUACUGAAUAAUGAACAUAUUAGUGAUCAUUUUCAAAAUAUUCCUUUAAUCAGUAAUGAAUUGAUAGAAAAUAGUAUUAUGAAAGAUGGAAAUUCAAGCAUCCCACUUAAGAUUGUUGAUAUUGGUUCUGGAUUAGGCUAUUUAUCUAAUUAUAUUGGUUAUCAUCUAAUACUUAAAUAUGGGGAUUUAUUUACAGAACCUCAAAUUAUUGCAGUUGAAUGUGAUGAGGGUUUACAUCUUAAAGCUUUGACGAAUUUAAGUCAGUAUAAUUCAAUAUUUCAAGUGAAAUCUUUAACUUCAGUUGUGAAACGAUUACUAUUUCGUGUUGAAUCGACGAAUUUAGAUUUGUUACAAACAAGACUUUAUCAAUUCACUUCUGGUUAUAAUUACUUAUUACUUGGUUUACAUUGUUGUGGAGAUUUAAGUCAAUCUAUGAUUGAAUUAUUUCAUCAAGAUUGUUCAGCAAAAAUUCUACUAUUAGUCGGUUGUUGUUAUCAUAAAAUGACAGUGGAAAAGUUUCCUACGAGUGAUUACUUACGUAAAGCGAUGUUAAAUUGUGAUAUGAACUUUAUUGAAAAAUGUAUUACACCAGCUACACUACGUUUAGCCUGUCAACAUUCACCUUUAACAUGGUUAAAUUGGACAGAAUUAGAUGCUAAUAAACAUCGUAUACGUGUAUUGGCUCGUAUAAUUUUAGAUUUGAUAUUGAUCAAGUAUAACAACUUGUCUAUGGUAUUUGAACGAUAUAAACGACUUGAUCUAGUGACACAAUGUGAUGCAAUAAAGAAAUUAUUAGCUACUAAUUAUCAUGAAAAUGAUGCGAAUGAUAAUCCUCGAUCACUUCACUUCAAUGAUGUGUAUCCACAUAUUAUCAACUUUUGGCAAAAGUACUUAGCAGAUAUUCUAUGUUCCAAUCAGUCGACUAAUAGUGACUUAUGUUUCACGGAAUAUCGUGACUAUUUUGAACAGAUAUGGAAUCUGAUACCAGGUCUAUUAGCUUUACAGCAAUUAUUUCAACCAUUACUUGAGACAAUUGUACUGUUUGAUCGUUUAUGGUAUCUUAGAGAAUAUGGCAACAUAAAUGGAAAAUAUGAUCAAGAUGAUCCUUAUCAAUAUUCUGGUUAUAUACGUAUUUUUGACCCAGUUUUAUCACCACGUUGUAUGGCAUUGUUAGUGUGUAAAAAAUAGGAGAAUGUAUGGAGAUUUAUGAUGUCCUGUAAGGUGACUUAUUUUAUAUUACCUUUUAUAAAGUAUAUUAUUUAUAAUUUAUCAUUGAUAGCUUUCUAACAUUUGUGAAAUGAUGCAUUUAGCUGUCGGUCAAUCAGAGAAAUGUUUGCAUAUCAAGUAAUCAGUUUUAAGAUGGAAUUGAUUGAAGUUAGUACAGUCAUGUAGUACGUUAGAUAGCAGCAGCUCACUGAUCUAGAGGAUAAGUGUUCGUGUGUAUAACUAAAGGUGAUUGGUUUGAUUCACGGAUAUAAGGGUUGUGGAUACUCACUUUUGAGCAGUUCCAUAGUAGGAUGAAACGUUUGUCUAGUGCUUCCAGGUUUUGAAACAUGCUUCAUGCUUGAUUAUAAGUAAAUUGGAACGGUAAAAGUAUGGUAUAUUGACGAGUUAAUCACGAUCAAGAAUGACACUUUUCAUAUGCAACGUAGAAUCUAGCACAUAUCUAUUCCCAAUCAUCUUGGUUACAAGAUAUAAAAAAAUAGAGAGAGAAACUUAUCAAAACAAAUCCCACGUAGUAUAUGUGGUUAUGGUAUCAAUGGUAGUGGCAAAGAUUUAGAAUAAACAUUAUUGUUCAAGAAGAGAGGAUGAAUUCACUGAGUAAGAAAUAUAAGGUCAUUUCUAAACUUUGGAUCCAAGUUGAAAUUAAGAGUGAAUGUAUGUAUUUCAUUCCAAUCGAUUGUGUAUCAUAUUUAUCCAACCAUUUAUUAAAGUAAUCUUAAAAGCUUAAGUCAUGUUGUUUGCGUCAACCAACACAACUGCUGUUGUUUGUAGAAUACACUUUCUACGCCUUAUCAAGACUUCUUGAUCGAGUUAGCUGAGUCGAAGACAACCGACCAGAAUAGUCUAUUGAGUCUCUGAAUCCUGAGUCUUCAUUCCGUUCCGAAUAAGUCGAAUCAGUAAUAUCCUCAAGGUUAACGAACCUAACACAUACACUAAUAUCCUAUUUUUCCAGAUUACUCUUACACCAACCCACAGCGUAUACCGAUAUAGGUGGUGGUCAAGUAUAAGUAAUAUAUGUCCAUGGCACCUCAGUUGAUGAUCACUGACUACUGUAUCAAACGAUUUACCAUCUUAGUCUAGUGGUCUCCAACUUACUUCAAGAUUCCCAUCAAGCGCAAGACAUAACUGACCACUUAAAAUCUAGAGAUACUAUCGACAAAGUGAAUUGAAUUAGUGUGAGUAAAUUUCUCUUUUCUACUAUAGUCACAGUACUAGAUUCACUACUGAGUAAGAAAUCAGUGUUACUUGAACAUCGAGAUCAAUAUAAUUGUAAAUAUUAUAAAUAUGGAGUUAAGGCCAUUUGAACCUCUGUAUAAAAG